AUGAAACAGGACACAAUAAAUGCAAAACUGAUAGCCACCUCAUCCCCAGAAGGAUUGGCUGCCGCUAAUAUGGUGACUCCUUCGAAGUUAUCUCAUCUGUUGUUACAAAAUGGUCCCCUCGCUAUAAGGUAUAUUACCAAGGCUUUAGUGCAAGAGAUACCCUCUUUUCAAAACCUCUCAUCGUCAAAGCAAAGAAGAUUGAUUAUGAGUGCGUUGGAAUUAGGUGAUAAAGAAAAUUCAGUCAUAUUUGAAAAGAUUGGUUGGGGACAAUGGUCUGCCAAAGUCGUUAACCCAAAUGAGUUUGAAGAAUUGAAAACUAUAACCAAUAUGAAUAAUUUGAAAAUAAAGGAUAUAAUGAAUGCUGUUCACUCACAAGAAAACUCAAAUAAUGGCAACAACAAUAGUAAUAAUAACAAUAACAAUAAUAAGAGAAGGAAAAGCAGUUCAAGCAGCACUUCUUCAACCGCCUCUUCAAACCAACAACCAGUUUUUUCUUCAGAAACGUCUUCCCCAAAGAGUAAAGGAGUAUCAAUAACAGUUUUACAAGUGAGAAAACAAUCUGUUUCACAAUAUGCUAAGAAACUCCAAUCACUACCAUUGAACAAUAAUCAAAAUUCAAAAAGUUCUGACGUCGCCGUGAUAUUCGACGAGGACGAAGAAGAUGAAGAUGAAGAUGAAGAUGAGGACGAAGAAGAAGAAGAAGAAGAAGAAGAAGAAAACCUAUCUGAUUCAGAUAACCGUUUGAAAACAGAAUUAUUUUCCUACGAAAGAAGAGGAUCCACAGUUGUAUAUAAUGAAGUACACUCAGACCAAUCAAGAAAUAAUUCAAAUGCCUGGCCUCAAAAGGUGUCGUUCCCCUUGAAGCCUAGGAUUCGCCGUAUGAGUCGCAAACAAUCAGUUCCAUUUAUCACCAAACCAUCACUAUCAAACCCAAUAUAUCAUGAUUCUCCAGGCACGAUAUCGCCACCAUUAAUGGUAUCACCUCUACGGAACCUAAACAAUAAGAUUGAUUUAGAGGAGUUAUUCCGCUCAACAAAAACUGAACCAACUUCGAGAAGAGGUUCAAGAGUCUCAUUUUCAAAAGAAUCAUGCUUAAGAACCACUCUUAUCCAUAAUAACAAUAGUAAUAACAGUAAUGAACCACCUCCAUUAUUAAAUGAAACCAUGUUCAAAACCAGUAAUAUCUCUCAUUUAGAUAUUAAUGAUACUAAAAAUGAAUUCCAUCAUUCCGACACAGAUGAAGAAGAUUGGGCGUCAAUGGGUGCUGCAUCACUAAGAAAUAGUGCAUUACCUCAAAAGAUUGAAGUGUUAAAUUGCUCUCAAACAAAAUUGGAUACAACAGAAAAUGUUAGCAUUUCAAAUGAUAAUAAUGUUGCUACAUUAUUAAUGGGUUUAAAAACUUACUUUUAA